AUGUCUCAUAUGGAGCUGGGGAUUCCAGAUGGCGAGUACGAGCUCGAAUUGUCAGACGUUUUACAGAACCAGCUGGGAGUCAGCCAGGAUCAUAAUAAUGGAUCAUCAGGUCCAGUGAGGCCAAUUCAGAGGGUGAAUGAUGAGAUAUUGAGCAUAAGAUACGGGUUUAGACCAGACUCUAUAGAUGAUACUCAGCCAGCAGAGCUCACGAGAGACGAGAAACCGUCCUUCCAGCUCAAAUCACAAUCGACUGAGCACGACCAGGGAAUAGUGUUUGAAGGAACAUCAAUCCAGCCCAAGGAUCUAGAAUGCAUUUUGGUCUUCAAUCCUAACUCCAAGUCGUUUGAACUUCAGAAACUGGACUUGCAACUGCGAACAAAUUCCAUUAUUAAAAAUAGAACUCUUUCCAACAAUAACUUGAAGAAACCAACAAAGGAUCAAUCCCCACAGCCCAGCGAAACAAAGUCUUUGUCGCCAUCAACAACCUCUUCAACUGCCUUAAGGAAGAGACCAGCAAAAGAGCCAUCCAUUUUCCAACCAAAACCAAGGGCUAAAACUCCAUUAUCAAAACCACCAGUCAGUGGGAAAUCAUCAACCUCGAAAACCUCAUCUGAAACUCAACCCACUGGUAAAUCAUCAGAUGAAGAUGAGGUUCCCUUGUCAAAAUUAACAGCAUCAAAAAGAUCGACAGUGUCAAAACAGUCUCCAAAAGUGAAUCCUUCAAUCAAGAAGCCUUCAUCAGACUCAUCUACAUCACCUCAAAAGUCUACUCAAAAUUCAUCAAAAAUAAGUCAAAAGCGAACAUCUCCAACACCAUCUGUCAGUCCUGAGAAAAAGAGCAAACCAAAUGUUACUAAAAAGAGCUCUACAAAUUCUAAGCUUACAGAAAAGAAGACUAUCUCCAAAUCUGAACCAUCAACCAUACAUGAUACUCAAAAUAAGGCCCCUACCUCAAGAAAUACAACACCACAACCAAGAAGUAAUAGUAAUAAUAAUACCCUUAAACCUUUACCAAAUCAAGUUUCUUCAAAAAAACCACCUUCAACGAUAUCAACACCAACAAUUCAACAAGAAUCACCUUCAGAUGAUGAUGAAUUUGGUUCUUUAGUUGAUGAAUUAGAAGAAGAAUUAUUAAGUGAUGAUAAUUUCAUAACUAUUGAAGAUGGAUCAAAAGAUACUUCUUUAAGUACAAGUGGUGAUAAAACUUAUGAUUUUGGGGUCAAGAAUGGGAAUGGACCAAUUAAUUUUAGACAUUUGGCUGGUAUGAGUUCAAAAGAUGAAGAUGAUUUGAGUAGUAGUAGUGAGGAGGAAUAAGUGUACACAUCGUAAGGAGGUCAAAGAAAAGUUUAUAAUAUCAUUCAUUGCUAGAUAAUAAAGU